GUCCUACUCCAUUUCCCGGAAGCUGCUAAAGCCUCAAUGUGUUGAAUAUGAAAACGUCUUAUUAAUUCCUGUCUUGGACCAUUCUUGCUCAUCAUAGUGGCGUGCGGAAUAUCCGAGGAUGUAUAAAUAGCAGCAUAUUGUGACACAAAGUUGAACAAUCCCAUUCAAAGAGAGCUCGAGCUACACAAAGUGAGAACGUACACAAAGCAAAACAUUACACAAUUUUGAAGAUGGUUAGGGCUCCUUGUUGUCAAAAGAUGGGAUUGAAGAAGGGUCCUUGGACCCCAGAGGAAGAUCAAAUCCUCAUGUCAUACAUCCAAAAAUAUGGCCAUGGCAACUGGCGUGCCCUCCCAAAACUUGCAGGGCUAUUGAGGUGUGGAAAGAGCUGCAGACUAAGGUGGAUUAACUAUUUAAGGCCUGAUAUCAAGAGAGGAAAUUUCUCGAGUGAAGAAGAGGAAAUUAUCAUUAAGAUGCACCAGUUGCUGGGCAACAGGUGGUCAGCAAUAGCAGCAAAACUACCUGGAAGAACCGACAAUGAAAUAAAAAAUGUGUGGCACACUAACUUGAAGAAGAGACUAUUGAAUUCAUCAGAUACCAAAAGAGUUUCCAAGCCAAGAAUGAAACGAUCCAAUUCCAAUUCCAGCACACUAACAACAUCAUCAUCAGCAUGCACAUCUUCCAGUGAUUUUUCAUCAUUCAGCGAAGGAACUAAUAAGAGCACGAUGACGAUGGACAACAACAUUAACAUCAUCAAGAGUGAAGACAUAGAGUCUGUGGAGACCAUGCCUCCAAUUAUUGAUGAAAGCUUUUGGUCAGAGGCAACAGUGGUGGAUGAUGAAACCUCCACCAUGCCAUCAAAUUCUUGGACAAUUUCAAAUGAAUUAGAAUUAGUACCUCCUCAAAAUCAAAUUAAUUCAGUGGAAACCAUCCAACACAGUUAUGAUUAUAAUGGCUCAAACUUUGAUGAUGGCAUGGAUUUCUGGUAUGACUUGUUCAUAAGAUCGGGGGAGUCAAUAGAAUUGCCAGAGUUCUGAAUUUUUCAGGAAAACACAUUAAGGGUAUUAUUAAAUUUGGAAGAUAGCAAACAUUUCAAAAAUAAAUAAAUAAUUAUGAAUUAAAGGGCACGCCAAGAGCCAGAGUCAUUCAGUGACAAAAGAAACUAGCUAUACAUUGGUAAAGGGUAAAAGUGAUUAUAUUAUAGUGUAAUAAAUGCAUAUAAAAAAGGUAAAAAAAAAUGCCAGCUAAUCUGAGGAAUCCAAAAGGGAAAAACACUGACUUUGUUUUAUGUAUAUUGUGCAAUAAUGCAUGUUCGUUUAACAUUUUUUUAUGUUAGAAAAAUGUAUCAUUAGGUUAUAGUGUUAUUCAAAUUGUAAUAGCAAUAAAUUAAUUAUGUAAUGAAGUAUUCAAUUUUUUU